UCACUGAGUAGUGACUGGUAUCACUUCUCCCUCCUCACGGGUCACAGCCGGGGCUGCUGCACGCUGCCGAGUGCUGGGGAGUUUCCUCCCAGUCCCCUCGCAGUUUCCCUCUGCCUGGCAAGCACCGGCACGGAUGGGGAGAGCACUGCCAAGGAACUGCGAGCCCUGCACCUUCCCAGUGCUCCUCAUCCCCCUCCCAGCGCUCCUUCUUGCUCACUCCCGCUGCUUCCACUCGCCCUCCCAGUUCCCUCAUAGCAUUCCUUGUGCUCCCAGUUCCCUCCCAGUGUUCCCAGGAUCUCUUCCAGUGCUCCCACUGACGGCAAAACCUGAGGGAUUCUGUGGGAAAUAGAAAAGGUGUAGAACUCUCAGAAAGCUGAGUGAAAGCUUGAAAAAUUUCAGGAUGGAGAAAUGCAAGAAUGCUGAAGGUGCAAGGACAAGACACAAUAGAGCCGUGAGCUGCGUAGAGAAAAUAUUAUCAGGAAAAUAUGUUAAGCAAGACAGUAGAAAUAUUUCAGGUUAAUAAUGAAGAUUUAUCCAUUGUUUGAAGCUAUUAUGGGAAAGCUUUGUUCAAAGCAAGAUGUACGUGCUGCUUUAUUAACUGGCCUGAACAAACGCUUAUCAGCUUUUAAUAUUAUGCUAUUUGCUAUAAAGCUGUUAAAAGACUUUGUCACAAAGAGAACUUGGUCUGCAGUGCAGGCAGCUGGAGCUGUUCCAUCUCCCUUGCUUGGUUCUGUAAAAUGAGGCUGAUGACUGUGAUGGAAUAAAGUUUCGAGACAGCUGCUCCAGCAUUCCACUCCUGUUGUUUGUGCACAUAGAUACAGGGACAGGAGAGACAUCAAUCACCUCGUCUCCAUCCGCCUGGCCUAUUGGUCAACACUCCCAGGAGCCGAUCGGCCCUCAGCACGUUGUUGGCUGUAGCAGCACCGAUCGCACUCUCUGCCCGGGUAGGGCCCAGCGCUUCUCUCUCCCGGUGCUUUCGGGCAGGUCCGUGCAGGCGGCGGCCCCGGAGCUGGGAGCGGCUCCAGCACAGGUACGACCCCGCUCGGUUGUGCCCAGCCCGGGCUCGCUGCGGCCGGAGGGGCCGCGCUGAGGGGAACGGGCCGGUUCUGGCGAGUUCCUUGCGCCGCUUCCCCCGUGUGCCCCUGGCCUGAGCUGGGCAGGGAGCGGCUGCCCGCGGUCUCCUCCUUGCCGCGGAUCGCUGGGGACGAGCCGGUGCCGCAGCAGCGAUGGCUCAUCCCGGUCUCCUUCCUGAUCCUCUGUGUCCCGCAGGGCCAGGAACAGCCGUGACCUGUCAUCGUGUCUCUUCCAAUGGGCCAUCCCGGUGGGUGUGCAGCUGUUCCUGAGGCCGAUCCACGAAGGGCUUUUCCUGCACUCCUGAUGUGUCAGGAGCAAGGGGUUGAUUCUUCCAAGCAGAGAAAUUCCGAGUGUGAGAUGGAGCAGAAUGAAUUCUGCUCCAUGCAUGGGCCUGUGAAGGAGCUCCUGCAUGUCCAGCAGGGAUCAGCAGCCGGGCUGGCACACUUGCCAGGUGCACAGGACGCCACUUGUCGUAAGCAGGGGAACUCCACUUGUGAGCGUGCAGUGAGUGAAGAUGUGGAGAAUGGAAUCUGCAGCAGCGAUGGCAGAGUGAGGGAGCCCCUGGAUCCCCUGGGCACAUCAGCAACCGGCCAUGGGCACAGAAGCAUCCUCAGCAAAUUGCCGGGCAAGAGGUUCAGCUGCCAUCCUGGGGUCAUCUUGGUGCUGAUCCUGCUCCUGGUGCUGGUGCUGGCGUUGGCGGUGGCCUUGGCUGUGCAGUCAGCACCACAGGCUCCAGUUCCACCUGCGACUACUCCCGUGGCUCUGGGCUGUCACCAUGGCUGGGUUGGAUACAAUGGAUUCUGCUACUACUUCUCAAGGGAUUACAGAACCUGGGAUGAGGCUCAAGAGCGGUGCUCGGAGCUCGGGGCCUCCCUGGCCAUUGUCAAGGAUGAGGCAAUGGAUUUGCUCUUCCGCCUCGGCGGGAACGGCGAUUACUGGGUGGGGCUGCGCAGAUGGGGCGAGCACCUGCAGUGGGGGGACGGCAGCAGCUUCAGCUCCUCGGUUCCUGUCCUGGGCAAUUCCGAAUGUGUGUACCUGGCUGAGGAGAAAUUCAGGAGUGUGAUCUGCUCGAAUCCGCAGCCGUAUCUCUGCAGCAAGCCCCGAGCUCCCCUGUAACAGGGGCUGGAGAAAGGAGCUUCUCCACGCUGGGCAGUCCCAGCUUCACCUCUCAGCCCAGCUCAGGGCUGUCCUUUCUCAGCUGCACCCUGUGCCUUGCACUUGCUCUCAGGGUCACCUCAGUGCCUGUUCAUCCCCCCUGCCAGCGCUGGGCUGGCUGUUCAAAGGAAAAGUCUCUGCAAUCCAUCCUGCCAGCCGUGCUAGCUGGAGUGAGGGGAUUGCCCUCACUGCACAACGAGCUCAAAUGGGAAAUCCAAA